GGCUUUUUGUCGCUCGUUUCCUCUAGCGACACUUUUAAAAUCGUAGAGCAUUACUGUUUACUAUUGCAAAUCAUAUACAAAAAUGCAAGACGUGAAGAUCCUCACUGUCUCUGAUUUACUCAACUACGGCCGCUCCCACACUGGAUCUUUAACUCUUGGCCUUCCGAUCAUCUCUGAUCAAAACCCUCAACCGCCACCUGGCUCUUCCACUUCAAACCCUAACCGGGACCUUAAACUUCUGGCUCAGCUCGAUUACCCUGCUAUUUUCGUCGGAACCUUAAGACUCCCUACCCUGACUCUUAAUUGCCCACACGAGAACUGCCCCGAAUUCUCUGACGAUGCAGUCGCCGUUUGCUGCGACAUUGUAGGAUUUGAUCUUCGCGCCAUUGGUAAGAAAAUCAACGUUCUUACCUGGAAUUUCAUUAGGUCGGAUCAUCUUUCUAAUGGAUUCUUGGAAAUCUUUAAUUGGGACUUGUCUGAUUCGAAUCACGGGCUCAGUCGAUGUUCAAGCAUGAUUAUAGAUUCGUUUCCUUUAGUUUCAAGUUCUAUUGAACACGUACCCAAAACUACCAAUUCUAAGUCCUAUCGAAUUCACGGAAUAAUAGUAGUUAGUCCUGUCUCUGUUGUUCCAUGUUCAGUUGAAAACUCAAAUUCAAGUAAAUCAAUGAAUCUUCGAGGUUUUGACGUGAAAAUUAUGACUUGUGAAUGCCAAUUGUGUCGUUCUAAAGAGCCUGUCAGCGUUUUAUUUGGAGAAGCGGAUUGUCAUUCUUUUACAGUACCGGUGUAUGUGUACUUUCGUGGGCCUGCUUGGUAUUGGCAUCCUGUGCUGACGAAGCUCAUUAGGAAGGUUGUUACAAUUUCGGGUUUGAUGAAGAAGUUGGUUAUGAUGGGGAAGCAAGAGUCUGUUUUGAUGCUUGUCACUGCUGAGAACACUGUUCUUCAUUUGCCAAGAUUAUUGAAGAAAAGAAAGGUUGUACGUGGUUCUUAUAAAGGCACUGUCAAAAAUGUUUAUAUGCAAGGAAUGGUUGUUGAGCUGGAAAAAGAAGUGUGGCUUUUACUAACGAAUCAGUCACUCAUGCCACCACACGGUCUUAGGAUUGCUACUGUUAUUUCAAUUAGAAAUGUCCAUUUUGUGGAUCCACAAUUUUCUUGGGCAAAGUUUCUUGUUCUCGGGGCUUGCUUCAAUACCAGCAUCAUAGUAAAAUCAUUCUCGCCAUUAAAUACAAGGUGUCUUAUUGUGUCAUACUCACAAAGCCAGUUGGGGAACUUCAUUGAGACAUUAGGUUUUUCUACGAGACUGUGGGUACUACUUCUUGUUUUGUGUUUCCAGAAAACAUUUUCUGGUAUUAUAUCCAGAAAGAAGAUUUUGGGAUCAAGACAUAACGAAGGACUGGUUCAAAUGUUUGCUAACUCACAUUUGCAUUCGUCAGUGUUUCGAGCACGGCAUGGUGUGCUAAUGGAAUUCAAUAAACAUGAAUCAUGUUGCUCUGCUACUGAACCAUAUCAUGGCAACCUGAUGUUGGUGGUACCAAUAUCCAGUUUCAUCCACUGUGAGAAUUUAUGGAUAAAGGCACUGCUACCAUCAGAUAAUAAUCUUCCUGUCUUAUGCGUGAGAAAAUAUUAUCAACGAUCAAAAAGGAAGACUUUUCGGAGUGAAGACUUGGGUAUCAUUUUGGUUGGAAUGUUAAAGAUAUUUCCAUCUUCUGGAAGAUUGCAAUUGGUUGAUAUGACUGAUAGUAGCAUUGAUGCUGUUAUACCAGACCUUCCAUCAUUUUGGGACCCUAAUAGCGUUUUUGAAGUAACUGAUUAUUUUAUAAUUGCGGAAGGCAUGCCUGAAUCAGACCAUCCAGGGUUAUCUUGUGAUGACUCAUUAUUGCCUCGAAGUAUCUUCCAGGGUUUCCCAUCGGCGAGAAAACCAAACCUAAAAUUGUUUGUCUACUUUCACCUACGUGAUGCAACAUGCAGGAAUUGUCUCAUUUAUCCAUCUGUAGCCUCUGAGGAUGAACUGAAUGAUACCAAAAAUGGAAUAUUUCAUCUUAUCUAUAUAACCCGCAAAUUUAUUCCCCCAUGUCAUUCAAUGAAAUUAAAGAGAGCUGUGUUUGUCGAGGCCAUAGUCAUGCAGUGGUAUUUGUUUCUAACUGGAAAAGAUGGAAGUAUACAUCAAGAUAAAGUUUUGAUAGAUUGUACUAUUGGUAAUCCCUCAUAUCAUUCUUCUAGUAAGAGGCAGAAGACUGAUUGUGCAUCUAGUCAGUCGGCUCCAGGUUUCGAGGACAGUUUUUGCAGUGUCUAUUUUGAGGAAGGCACUUCUUUAAGGGAAACAUGUAGGGAUCAGAGUUGCAUGAGAACAAGCUUUUCUCAUGAAAUUCCAUGCUUGGCUACCAUACAAGGUGUUAAUAAUUUUAUCUUCUCAAGUUCAGGGAUCUUGUAUAGAAUAAAAGCCAAUGCAAAAACUAAAGUUUGUCAAGGAAGUGUAAAGAAGAUUUUUCUGGCUUUUGCAUCUGAAAAUGAUUUGAAGUAUCAGAUUGGUGGUUUUCACUUAAUGAAACACCAUAAAGAAGGUCCUCUUUGUAAUAUUAAGGAUUCUGGUUUGAAAGGUGUUAAAGUUCCUAUUACUUCCAGAACAUAUUUGCGAAGACUUUCAUUCUCAUAUGAGGUUGUUACCACUGAUAAAUCAUUGCAUGAUUCUUCUCUAUGUAAUGAAGUCUUUACGAAAGAUCAAGUACUGGGUGUUGCCAGCGGUUCUUCAGUUUCAGACAUUUAUCUUCGUGUCUCUUCAAGUCUAACAGAUCUUCUUGAGAGUGAUACAAAGGAACUGGGGAACGACCAAACUGCACCAGAUGUGAACCUAGGGAACUCGAGUCUUUCUUUGGGCAUGAAGACUAUAUCAGUAAACCUAGAAGAGAACUCAAGUUCGCUUGGUCAUAGUUGCCUCUUUCCUGCUAGAAAAUUUACCUCUCUGUGUGGAGAUAUAAUAGUUGUCCACAGUUUUGACCAAGGUUCUUCUGAUAUGUGCUCGAGCCGUGAGCACAAUGGUGAUCUUCAUCAAUACGAGUUUUGUGAUAGAACAAAAAAUAAUUACAUUCAUGUUUCAGUGGCAAAUCAAACCGUGAAGAUUUUCGGAUUUGUUAACCAGUAUUUGUUCCCUACUGGGUUCGGGCCUUGCAUAAAUGCAACUUUCCAUCGGAUUCUUGAUCUCCGGCCCAGGGUCCCAAGUACAUUGAUGUUAACAUCCGAAUCCAGCAUUGUGAUAAAUUCAAUAAGGGUAGUCAAUGAAACACACAGCUCAGAUGGCAAUCUAAGACGAUUCGGCUGCAGAGUUGUUGCUGUUCAUGUGCUGGUUCUAGAGAAAAGCAACAGGAAAUGUGAUGACUUAAAAUCAAAUAUGCAAUCCAGACCUCUAAGUGUUGAUAUUCCACUUGCUUGCUUUAUAUUGGAUGACAGUUCAUGUUCUUGGUGUUGCUGGGCCAAUGCUGAGAGGGCAGUAACACUGCUGAGGCUGGAGGAACACCCCCGAUCUGGCUGCAAAGCCAGUGGUUACAAAAGGAGGUGGAUUGGUGUACAGAACACUGACAGGACCUCUACCAUGCAACAUCUUCAAAGAAUAUUAGAGAAGCAUGACAGGAUUACUGUCAAAAGAACUAGGUCAGUUUUUGAUCCUUUUGAUCAAGACUUCACUGUUACAGCUUGUUCAGGAAGGGCACUAACUGGCUUGGAUGAUGAUUUCGACCUCCUGGCAUCCAUAAUCUUCAAUGCGUGCAUCAAUACAUUCUGGACUGUGGUUACUGAAGUGAUGGAUUCUAAUGCAGUCAACCUGAUAACAGAACACCUCAUUGAAAUGCAGAUGCCAAUGCUGUCCAUGGAAAACUUAUGGGCCACAGAAGUUUGCUCUGUGAAUCAGCGAACUGAGGGCAGAAAAAUGAUGCAAAACAACUUGUAAAAAGGUAAACUCUCGAUGCUACCACAUUUUGUACGGGGUAAUAUAUACUCCUUGUUCUCUUAAGGUACAUGUAUCAUUUAUAUAAAUGUUGUUGUCUGAUAAGUCGACAAGAUCUCUUGUAUAGGCUCUAGAUCCAUGGUAGAACAUCCUUGAGCCGGUGUAUGGGAACUAGAUUUUCUGGCGUCCAACAUGGCAUUUUGUAAUUUCAAUUUGGGAAUAUGCUUAUGGUGAUAUUCCUUGUGUUAUUCUAACAAAUGCUCAACUAAGUUUUUGUUUACCAUCU